AUGUUUCAAAAAUAUUCAUUUCCGAUACCUGAUAAAGCAUUUUACGUACCUGAUUUCAUAACCGAAGAAGAAGAAGAAAAUAUAUUAAAUAACGUAUACAGCUCUCCCAAGCCUAAAUGGACAAAUUUAUCAAAUAGGAGAUUACAAAAUUGGGGAGGGAUUCCUCAUUUAAAAGGAAUGAUUCCAGAAGACAUUCCAGCGUGGUUAGAUAAAGUUUUGAGUAAAAUAAAAGAAACAAAUGCAUUUCCUAAAGAAAAACAACCCAAUCAUGUUUUGGUUAAUGAAUAUUUACCAAAUCAAGGAAUAAUGAGACAUUUAGACGGACCAAUAUUUACUCCAGUGAUAUCGACAAUCUCAUGCGGAUCACACACAGUUUUAAAUUUUCAUCCACCUCUCGAUAAAAAUGAGGAUUGUUCAAAAUCAAAAUCGAUCGCAAUGUCCAUUUUGUUGGAAAGAAGAAGUUUGGUAGUUAUAGCAGAAGAUUUAUAUCAUUUAUAUCCACAUUCGAUAUGUGAGAAAAGCGAAGAUGUCAUACAUUCAGAUAAAAUAGCUAAUUUGAAAAUGAUGUGCUAA